AUGUCUAGUCCUGAGGUGGAUAAGGUCCUGUUCGCAUACAUCGCUAUGGCCCCUCACGCUGUAAGUUUGGUAUUGCUACAAGUUGACAAUGACGUACAACGGCUAGUUUACUAUGUAAGCAAAUCACUACAUGAGGCCGAGGUUCGGUAUCUACCACUAGAAAAGGCCGUCUUAGAGGUGGUGCUUGGCACACGAAUGCUUCUCCAUUACUUCCAAGCGCAUACAGUUGUCAUCCUGACUCAGUUCCCACUCAAAACUAUACUUCAAAGUGCUGAUUACACAGGGAGGAUUGUUAAAUGGGGCACGAUCCUAGGGGCUUUUGAUAUCAAGUACAUGCCUCGUACCUCUAUCAAGGGCCAGGUCCUCACAGACCUGGUGGCCGAGUUCGUCGAACUCCCAUUGGAAGAAGUGACAGAAGCACAACACAUGGAUGGAAAAUCGGUUGGCAUGAUCUCCCAACAGGACCCGCUAUCCUGGAAAGUGUACGUCGAUGGCGCAGCAAACCAAAAGGGGUUCGGGGUGGGAAUAGUAUUAAUAUCCCCCGAGAAGAUCACUAUUAAGAAAUUGCUAAGACUGGAAUUCUCGACCACAAAUAACGAGACUGAAUAUGAGGCCCUGCUAAUGGGAAUGACCAUGGUUCAGAAAAUGGGCGGGAAGGUGAUAAAGAUGUUCUCAGACUCGAGAUUAGUCGUUGGCCAAGUAAAAGGAGAAUUUAAGGCGAGGGACAAAAGAAUGCAGAGGUACUUAAGUCAGGUGGGGCACCUACGGUCAGGAUUCGAAUCUUUCAACUUAUUGCAUAUCCCCAGAAGUGGAAACACCCAUGCUGACUCCCUGGCCAUGCUUGCUACCUUCUCGGCACAAGGUCUUCCUCGGGUCAUCCUUGUGGAAGAUUUGUACAAACCAGCAGGGGUGGAGAAAGAAAUGAUCCAUGGUCACCAAGUCAGGGUGGGGCCUUGCUGGAUGGACCCCAUAAUAUCAUUCUUGAAGGACGAUAUCCUGCCUGAGGAAAAAUUAGAAGCAGUAAAGGUGCGUAGGAAGGCUCCUCGGUUCUGGUUGUCCGAUGACCAAAAGUUAUACAAACGCUCGUUUUUCGGGCCCUACUUGUUGUGCAUACACCCUGAAGCAACAAAAUUACUGCUGGAAGAGUUACAUGAGGGGAUCUAUGGGAGUCAAACCGGAGGUAGAUCUUUGGCACACAGGGCCAUCACUUAA